CAUGAUUGGAUUAACUAGAUUUUCACCUUCAAAUUUUAGUCUCAUAUACUACGUUCUAAUGUGUUAUAAAUACUGAAUUUAAGACACCUAAGUGUGCAUUUCAGUAAGAGCAGAGAACCAUUUAGAUGUUACACAUACAAACUUUGAAAUGGAAAGUUUACGGACUUUGUUCUUCAUUCUUUGCAUGCAAAAAUGUACACCACAGAGCUGGUGGCUUAGUCCAGAAAAUGGACCAACCUGCAAGACUGGUACUUGUGGAGAAACCAGUGACACCUGUGAAUGCUCGUUAACCAUUGAACACAGACUUACCAUGCUAACUCAAAACCCCCCACUAAUACUUCGACCUCGCUCAGGGAAUCUAUAUUUGUACAAUGAUACAAGUUAUGUAAACCCAAUAUCUGAAAAGUUGAAAGCCGAGGUUAUCACUGGUGAUGGUUAUGGCUCUAGAUCUGUCAUAGCCAUUAAUGGGAAGUUUCCUGGUCCUACAAUUGAAGCGUAUGAAGAUCAGACAAUGAUCAUCCAUGUUCGUAAUUUAAUGCACACCGAUUCCACCACAAUACAUUGGCAUGGAAUGCAUCAAAAAGGAACUCCAGAAUUCGACGGAGUGGCCUUCAUCAGCGAGAGUCCGAUUCUUCCUGGACACACAUACACCUACAAAUUUACUGCUCAACCAACCGGAACUAAUUUUUACCAUGCACACAUUGGCGACCAGCGUAGUAUGGGCUUAUAUGGAGGGCUCAUAAUAUAUCCAAAAUAUAAGUUCUACUCACAGCCCCAGGUCGGAUUCACUGUUUUAAUUCAGGAUUGGAAUCAUGAUGACGAGCCCGAGACAUUGUACCUACGCAUGCUAAAUGGCGUACUGGAUCUGACAAGUAAUACCAUAAAAGAACCAACACAGUCUUAUGAUGGUGCCAGUUUUAGUAGAUUUCAUAUGCACUCUGGUUUGAUUAAUGGUAAAGGACGAUUUUACACAGCCGAUUACUAUGGGACCUAUUAUAACAAUGGAGCACCACUUGAAACAUUUGAAGUGGAGUAUGGACGGUCAUAUCGGUUUCGUGUUAUCAGUGCUGCAACAUUGUAUCCCUUUCGGGUUUACGUUCAAGGGCAUCCUGAAUUGAAUAUUCGAGCAGCGGAUGGCUUUGAAAUAGUUCGUGGCACUGGAAGCAAUAGUAGCGAAUUGAUUGUGGAGUCCUUCAUCAUUCAUCCCGGUGAAAGGUAUGACUUUACACUGAGUGCCAACAAGAAUCCUGAUACCUAUCUAUUAGUGGCCGAAAGCAUUGAAGACCUCUCAUCGAAAAAUCCUCGUGAAUAUCAUGCAGCAGAGGCAUUCAUUCAUUACAAAGAGAGAGCUUUUAGUUAUAAAGGUAAAGACAGUGAAAAUCAGGAUCACUGUACAUCGGUAGCACCAUGCAUAACAUUUAAUUGUCCAUACCUUUAUUAUCCAACAAGUAUGAGACGAAGGUGCAUUACGUUUGAUCAAGCAAAUAGCAAUGAAUAUUUGACAAAGUCCAAAGAAGUACAAAUUGUUGAUGAAACUCUUUUCUUUAAUUUUGCAUUUCCUGGAGAGCCAGGAAACACACCAGGCUCAGUCAAUGGCCGUCAAUUUAUAUAUCCUACCUUUCCAAUCCUUACAAACGAGGCAGCACUAACUACGCCCUGUAAAGCCAGUGAAUGCGGAGAGGACCAAAUAUGUAGUUGCACUUACAGCAUUGAACUUGCAUCCGACUGGAUAUACCAAUUUGUCAUCACUAAUUUAGGCAAUGGUAGAGGGUGGUCACAUCCUAUACAUUUGCAUGGUCACAAUUUUUAUGUCAUGAAAAUGGGAUUUGGAAGCUAUGAUACGAAUACAGGAAAGUUGUUGGCUUCAACUACUGACAUUGAGUGUAUAGGUACCAAGAACUACUGCAAUGAGGCUAAAUGGGCCAAUAGUAGCUGGGCGACAGGUAAUAAUAUACCGGGUCUUCAGCUAAAUAAUCCCCCAGAAAAGGACACCAUCAUAGUUCCGACUGGAGGAUAUGUCGUCAUUAGAUUUAAAGCUGACAAUCCUGGUGCCUGGUUCUUCCAUUGCCACAUCGACCUUCACAACACAAAUGGAAUGGGAAUGGUAUUUUUAGAAUCCAAAGACAAAUACCCAUUCAAAGACAGCAAAGCAAACUCAAAAGAAGAAGGAAGUCAUCAGAGACUGGUUUUAUUUACUUUGCUGGUGUUGGCCUUCACUUUGUAUUGAUCAAAGCAAGGAUAUUUUUAAACAAGAAUGAGAAGAAAUUCAUUUACACGAUAGUGAUAAAUCAGCUUUGUAGCAACUUUAACAAGUUUAUGUAGAAAAUGUUUAAUUCAAUGAUAUAUGCACUUAUAACCAUUGUACUUUGCCAUAAGAAAUGUUUAUAUAUAUCAUAGUCUGACCCAACGUAUUUGGAUAAUUUUAAACAAAAAUACACAUAUCUGUGAAAGAUGCCUAGCGCGGUUGAAAUUGAUGAAAGGUAAAAUAGCAAAGAUAUCAUCAUCAACACUAUCAUUUUUCACCAUUAUAAAGAAAAACAGAUACAGUAUUUUACGGAGAUUUAUCAUGGGAAAUGUUGAUAUCUUUUCUCCAUUCAGAAGUCACUCGAAAUACCUUGCACAGUUUUAUAAUGUUAUCAUUCCCAGAUGAAUAGAAUUUUUAUUUUUAGCCAUGUAUUGAAACCUGACAAGCUAGGAAAAGUUUUGGGAUUUAUUCAUACUAUUGAAUGAACAUCAUUUGAACUUUGAGGUUUUCAUAAAUAUCAGAUAAUUCAAGAAAAUGUUUUGCAUACCCGGUACAUAUCUUGGGAUAUACUUUAAUAAAUGUUUAAUGCUGUUAUUUUUAUUUUAAUUGAAAUAUCGUCCAUUUCCUUUUUGUAUUUAGGUAGAAAAUAAUUAAAUGUAUAAAAUGAUCUAUGUAGAAGUUUUGGAUAAGUUUUAAUGUAGUGUAAAGUUUAAAUGUAAUUUUUUUUACUGAACUUUGUCUAAUCAUGUCGUAGUAGGAUGCAUGUAAGAUUUAGUGUUGGUGACUUGAUGAGAGAGAGGUAAUGACCAGAAGUAAUUAAAUUACAGCUGAUGCAGAUGAACAAAUUAACAUUAUUACCAUUUACAAACCAUCAAAUUUAUUUACAAUGCAUGACAACAGAUGAAGACCAAUUGCAAUAGGUUAACUGACUCCGGUGACCUAAAAACAUUCUUAAUGGUUACUCAGUGUGAAACAUCUUUAAAUCGAAACUCUGCAAUUGCUUUUUUUUUCCAGCUGAACAUGACUAAUAAAGGCAUAGUCCACCAUAAUUCUCUUUUAUCGCCACUAUCCCUACAACCCUUAAAUAAGCCGCUGGCCUUUCAACAGCUCUCAGUAUUUGAAAGUAGAGGUCUCACCUGUGUAUAAGUACAUAUUACAUCAACAUAUUACAUACUCAGUCUCAAUGAAAUUAUCAAAUGUUAUGUACCUUUUUUACGACAUGAGAAAAGUAACAUUUUCAUUCAUAUAGUUUCUAUGACAAGCUAUUGAAAACCCUAUUGGUAUUCUGUAAUUUGCUGGAACUUAUGGUAAUUACUGGUAAUAAAAGGUGCAAUAAAGAUAAUGUCAGUAUGCCUUGGAAUGCCAGAUGCAGAAAGCUGUACUGGAGUACUGAACUAAAAUAGCUUUGAUGUAUUGGGUUUAAUAUAUGUACCUUUAUUAGGUCAAAGCAAGGGGAGGUGCAAAAUAAAUAUGUACAUGUAUAUGAAUUUCAUGACAAUUUCAUGAUUUUGCUGAAAAUGCAGAAAAUAGUGGUUAAAAAAGCAAGGAUGCCUAUGAUAGAUACAGUGUACUGAGCCACCUAUAUUACCCAAACUUGAGCCACCUUAAUUACCCGAACUGAAAAUCGCUUGUUACAAAUUGUCAUGUUCUUCAGAAAAUAAUUAUAGAGUUCUAAAGUUGAAAGAGCUGUUUGUUUUUGCUUGACAGAUAUAAAGCAUGAAACAAGUUUCCAAAGUCUCUUUACUAUGGGAAUGGAGUAAUACGAUGAUAUUUCUUCUUUUCAAAUCCACAUUGAAAUCAAAGUCAUUGCAUAAAGAAUUUUACAGAGUUUCAUCACUUUUAGAUGUAAGCCAUUUAAGAUUUGCAUAUCUAUCUAGAUCCCAAUGUUCCUGUUGAGUUAUUAACAAUUUGUUAGUUGUAAACUUUUCUACUUUCAUUUAAUGGGUUUUUUGUCCAAGUACUUUGUCAUUUGUUAACUUUAGUUAAUAAAUAGCCAUUCCAAUUCCUCAAAGUGUUGUGUCGU